AUGAGGACUGUCCAGAGGAGGACAGAGCCCCUCAUCAAGCUCUUCAUCAAGGCUGGCACUGAUGGUGAAAGGACAGGAAACUGCCCCCUUUCCCAGAGGCUAUUCAUGAUUCUUUGGCUCAAAGGAGUUGUAUUCAGUGUUACAAUUGCUGACCUGAAAAGGAGGCCUGCAGACCUGCAAAACUUGCCCCUCAGGACCCACCCACCAUUUAUAACUUUCAACAAUGAGGUCAAAACAAAUGUAAAUAAGAUUGAGGAAUUUCUUGAAGACAUCGUAUGCCCUCCCAAGUACUUAGAGCUUUCACCAAAACACGCAGAAUCAAAUACUGCUGGAAUGGACGUCUUUGCCAAAUUCUCUGCAUAUAUCAAGAAUUCAAGGCCAGAGGCUAAUGAAGCACUGGUGAAGAGUCUCUUGAAAACCCUGCAGAAACUCAAUGAAUAUCUGAAUCCUCUCCUCCCUGAUGAAAUUGAUAAAAAUAGUAGGGAGGACAUUACAUUUUCUAUAUGUAAAUUUCCGGUUGGCAAUGAAAUGACAUUAGCUGACCUGCUGCCCAAACUGCAUAUUGUCAAGGUGGUGGCCAAAAGAUAUCACAACUUUGAUAUUCCAGAAAGAAUGACUGGCAUAUGGAGCUAUCUAACUAACGCAUAUAAAAGGGAUGAGUUUACCAAUACCUGUCCCCAUGGUAAGAAGGUUGAAAUAGCCUAUAGUGAUGUAUCCAAAAAACUCAACAAGUAA